AUGUCCAAGGAAGUAGAGGACAUUGUCAGCGGGUCCGAGGGCUCUGAGGGCUGGGAUGAUGUCGACGAGGGUGGUGACGAGGAGAGCAUGGAGAUUGUUUCGCUCCUGGACGACAAGGUCUUCCCCGACGCAGCGUCGAUGCUGGAGCACUGCAAAGGCAAUUUCAACUUCGACUUCGUGGCAGUUCGCGAUCGCCUCGGUCUAGACUUUUACGGCAGCAUUAAGCUCGUCAACUUCAUCCGAAGCACUGUGAAAGCUGGGAAGUCUCUGCCGGAUCAGAUCACUGAGGCGGAUAUACAGGAUGACAAAUUCCUGAUGCCCGUCCUGGCCGACGAUGCGCUCAUCAUGUGUCUAGAUGACCUCCCGCCUGCCUCAGGGGUUGCGAAUGGCAAAGGCAAGGCUGUUGAGGAAGCAUCAACAACAGAGACGGCUUGCGACGCUGCGAGCAAGAACGCCUCUCUGCAGGUCCAGCUCGACGAGCUCAACAAGCAAUUCGCCAAUUACCGACUUGCUGUGGAGCAGACCCUUGAUAAGCGGUGGCAUGCCGAUGAUGACGACUCGUCGCGGUCGUCGGCAGAAUCGAAGAAGGAGAAGAAGGAUGAAUCACAAUACUACUGGGAAUCCUAUGCACACAAUGAUAUCCAUGAGACCAUGCUGAAAGACACUAUUCGUACGGAGGGGUACCGAGACUUCAUCUACAACAACAAACACCUCUUCAAGGGCAAGACCGUUCUGGACAUUGGGUGCGGAACCGGCAUCCUGUCCAUGUUCUGCGCCAAGGCCGGAGCCGCACACGUCUACGCCAUCGACAAGUCCGCCAUCUUGGACAAGGCACGCGAGAACAUCUUCAACAACGGCCUGUCUGAUCAGAUCACCUGCCUGCGCGGCCGCGUCGAGGACAUCGUCCUGCCGGUUGACAAGGUCGACAUCAUCGUCUCGGAGUGGAUGGGCUACGCGCUCCUGUACGAGGCCAUGCUGCCCUCCGUCCUCUUCGCCCGUGACAGGUACCUCAAGCCCGAUGGGCUGCUGGUGCCGUCCCACACCACCAUCUUCUUCGCGCCCGUGUCGGACCCGGAGUACGUGACGGACAACGUCACCUUCUGGCGGGACGUGUACGGCUUCGACAUGAAGGCCAUGCAGGAAGGCAUGCUCAAGGAGGUCAGGGUACAAACCAUGCCGACCGAGGCUCUCUGCGGCAGCGCAAGCACGUACGCGCUGGAUCUGUACCAUGUAAAGGUCGAGGAUCUCACCUUCAAGAUCGACUGGAGCAGCAAGCUCAGCAAGGAUAUGGACAAUGUGGACGGCUUCCUGAUCUGGUUUGACAACUACUUCGCCACGACACGUCAGAAGGAGGUCGAGCUGAUCGAGACGCCGGCUGACGACUGGGAGAAGGCCAGGAAGGAUGGCAGCAAUGCAUUCACUACCGGGCCGCACCGCAAGGAGACCCACUGGAAGCAGGUCUUGAUGUUGAUAGAGGACAAAGACGGGCAACAGCGCAAGCCUCUCAAAGCGGGAGAGCAGAUUGAGGGGACUUUGUCGUACUCCGCGCCCGAGGACCAUGCGCGUGGCCUGUUGAUCAAGGUCGAGUGGGACGGGCUGCCGAAUCCCGAGAAGUCCCAGGUUUGGGCCCUUAACUAG